AUGCCAGCCACACCCACCUUCUCUGAACCCGCCCCAGGCUGGCGAGGUCUUUCCUCCCAAGCUGGACACCUAGGCACAGUCUGCUGGCGCUCCAGCCACAGGCUGAUUCGAACACAGGCAGCUCUUUGUUCCCCGGGAGUCUUUCAUUGCGGAAUGUCCUUGGGGCUGCUUCCCAAAUGGAGGUACUUCCGUGUCAUCAUCAUGCUCGUGGUGCUUUUGAGUCUUCUCUUGGGAAGCUUCCUCAAUACACAAGUCAGCUUGCUGGUCCCUUUCUUCAGUGGCCAGGAAUCCUUCCACCCUGUGACCAACGUCAUGUUCCUCAAGACCCACAAGACUGCCAGCAGCACCGUUAUGAACAUCCUAUAUCGGUUCACAGAGAAGUGGAACCUCACGGUGGCCCUGCCUGCAGGGCAGCUUUUCCACCUGGGUUACCCCUGGCUCUUUCUGACCAAGUAUGUGGAGGGAUUCAAAACCCUGCAUGGGACGUUCAACAUCAUGUGCAAUCACCUGAGAUUUAAUCCCACGGAGGUACACAAAGUCAUGCCGAACAACACGUUCUACUUUUCCAUAGUGAGGAACCCAGUUUUCCAGCUGGAGUCCUCUUUUGUGUAUUACAAAGGACAUGUGCCUGCUUUUCAGAAGACAAAGAGCCUGAAUGAGUUCUUGGUAUCUCCACCGAGGUACUACAAUAAAAACCUGUCGAUAAGAAACAUGUAUGCCAAGAAUAACAUGUGGUUUGACUUUGGCUACGAUAACAACGAAAGUGGCAAAGACUACGUGCGGGGGGUGAUCCGGGAGAUCCAGCAGCAGUUCCAGCUCAUCCUGAUUUCCGAGUAUUUUGAUGAGUCCAUGGUCCUCCUGAGAAACAUCUUGCACUGGGAUCUGGACGACGUGGUCUACUUCAAGCUGAACUCACGGAGUGAGGAUACGAUCCAGAAGCUGGCCAGGGAGAGCCAGGAGAGAGCAAAGGAGUGGUGUGCUCUGGACUGGGAGCUUUACCAGCAUUUCAACAGGACCUUCUGGCAGAAAAUCAGGGAGGUUGUUGGGCUUGAAAAACUGCUGAAGGAAGUGGCUCUCUUGAGGGAAAGGCAGCGGGAGCUCAUGGACAUCUGCAUCCAGGAUGGGGAGCCGAAGAGUAAGACACAGAUCAAAGAUGUGAGGCUCAGGCCCUACCAGUCUGGGCAGGCCAACAUCCUGGGCUACAAUCUCAAACAGCAUUUAGACAGUGAGACCAUGGCCAUGUGUUGGAGGAUGGUGAUGCCCGAGAUACAGUACAUGGCCCACUUAUACUCUCGGCAAUUCCCCACAAAUCCCCCCAAGAAGAUCAGGCUGCAGUGAUGGCAGAGCGAUUGUUUCCAACUGGAAGCUCAAUGCUUAGGGGCUGAGUGCCCUGUCAGAUCCCUGAAGGCUCAUCUGGCUCUGGUUUGGCUAGUAGGGAGUAGGCUUCAAGAAAGAGGGGGUACUGGGAACACCUUGGUCUAAAGGAUCUCUGGGGGGCCUGGGCAAUUCUUGACUCAGUCCCAAGUUUUAUUUUUAAAAAAUCUACCAUGGAAUGUUGCCUUAAGAAAACAGGAUUAUUUUCCUUACAGAGUGUAUGGAGAGUGUGUAUGUGUGUGCGUAUGUGUCUGUGUGUGGGUAGGAGGUCAGCUUGGAGAAGAUGGAAAAGGAGGUUCUGUUUCCCAAGUCACUGAUCUCAUGGCCUUCUCCUCCCAGAAAAAACUUCUGCAUGGGAGCAUCUAAACCAAGAAUUCUAGGCAAUAUUUCCAGACUGGUUACAGGUAGUAAGGGCACAACAUUCACCCCAAAGAGGAGUACUCUGUAGCUAACAUGGAAGAAUCAGAUGGAUGGACCCGAAGAUGGAAUUCUAAGUCUGAUUCGCUUUUCUCCCCUCCUUGACUAAACUUAUGAUUUCAUUGGGGUAGGGACCUUCCAGUAAGGAAACUCCGUCUACCAAUGCAGAUCUGCCAUUGUUCUGAAAUUCAGUCUUAGAGAGCCAUCCAGGGCAUUGAGAGGUUAGGUGACUGGCCCAGGGUCACACAGCCAGGAUGUGUCAGAGUCAAGGCUUGAACCCAAGUUUUUCUGGACUUUAGGCCAGUUUUCUAUGUACCAUGUUAUACUGACUACUUACAGGCUGGAAAAUAUAGAUACUAGGUAACUCUUACUGUGUAAAACACAUGUUUGGAAAAAAUUUUGUGGAAAAAAUUUUUAGCUCCAGGGAUCUGUCAGUCAUUCAGUAGAUCAACAAGUCCGUAUGAAGUACUUAUUAUGUGCCAAACACUGUGAAGGUAGAAAGAAAGGCAAAAACAUGAUCUUGGGUCUCAAGAAACUCAUGUUCUCAUGGGGGUGGAGAACCUGAGGCCUCAAGGCCACAUGUGGCCCUCUAGGUCCUCAAGAGCAGCCCUUUGACUGAAUCCAAACU